AGUUACUGCUGGAUUGUUGACGGAAGCGUACCUUUUGUUUGCUUGCGAAAGCAAUAAGAUUCCCACUUCUUAAUAUUACUAGUAGUAAAAUACCAUACAACUUUUCCGAAGCUCAUUGGUUUAUUAUGUGAUUAUUUUCCGUUAAAUAGAUCAAUGCAUUAGUUAAAGUAUAAUUAAAUCACUAGCUCGCGGAAUUUUAAAAAAUAAAAAAAAAUGCAAUCUCUAAAAGUUUCCUUUACGAUAUUAACCUACUGUGGGAUUUGGCAACCCAUUUACUGGACAUCGGGUUGGCACAGAACAUCGUUCAACUUUUGUCGUGUUGUCUUCAGGCCGCUGCCUUACUUAUUAGCUAGCGCGCAACUGGCAAGAAUCGCAUUAGUGGAUAUGAGUUUUGAAGAACUUACCGAGGUAAUCUUCAUUCUGCUAUCCAUCGUCAAUAUCUGUUGCAAGUCAGUGAGUAUUCUGAUGCGUCGUGCUGAUCUGAUCAAAUUGACAAAGAUGCUUGGCAUCGUCUCCGCAAGCCCUCAAGACUCGGAUGAAUUCAACAUACAACAUCAAUACCACCAAUUCAUACGGUACGUCACGCUGUCAAGUUUGGUUCUCGUCGAGAUAACAGCGAUAACAUUUCUGAUACCACCGUUUUUCCAACCAGAGAACAACCGCACAUUGCCCUUCAAAAUUUGGUUGCCCUACGACUACUCUAUGGAUAAGUUGUUUUGGAUCACUUAUUUUCCCGAAUCAAUCACCAUAAUAUUAGCCUCUCUUAUCUCAGUCUCAAGUAAUACCUUGAUAUUCGGGUUUUUAAUUGAAGCAUGUGGUCAGUUUGAACUUCUGAAUCACAGAUUUAUGACUAUGCCACUGUACAUAGAAGAUUUUGCCAAAGGUGAAAAAAUUACAACCUACGAAGUUUGUAAACUAGAAAAGCAGUUGCUGAGUCGAAAUAUUCGUCACCAUACGUUUAUAUUUGAGUUCGUCGACAUUUUUAAGAAAACAUUUAGUUCAGCAAUAAUCGGACAAUAUAUCGUAAGUUCAUUGGUGAUUUCAACAAGUGUGUAUCAAUUGUCAACGAACACUACAAUGGAUGUGGUCUUCUUUACAAAUUUACUCUAUUUGAUGUGUAUGCUGUUGGAAUUUUUCCUUUACUGUUGGUUUGGCAAUGAAUUGACAGUGAAAAGCGAGGAUUUUGGCCGGAAGGUUUUUAGGACAAACUGGCUUGCAUUAAGCACAAAAUCCAACAAGGAUAUUUUUGUUGCAAUGCUACGAUCGUCAAAACCAAUUAUAGUGUCCACUGGAUUUUUCGCUGUUCUAUCACUGGAAUCUUUUAUGAAAAUAAUCAAACUUUCGUUCUCGGCUUUUAAUGUUUUACGAACAGCGUCGGAUUACCAAUGAUUCAAUGUUGACUUAAUGCUUUGUUGCUGGAAUAAAAUUUGUUCAUAAUUUUCA